AUGACUAUUAAGUUGGUGGUUGGUGAGUGUACUUUAAAUGUCGUUAGCGCGUACGCGCCGCAAGCAGGGUUGGAUGAGGAGAUUAAACGGUAUUUUUGGGAAGGGUUGGAUGAGAUUGUGCAUAAUAUUCCGCCCGCCGAGAGGUUAUUCAUAGGCGGAGAUUUCAAUGGUCAUAUUGGGUCGGCUGCAUGUGGAUAUACUGAGGUACAUGGCGGCUUCGGUUUUGGGAAAAGGAACGGAGGGGGCACUUCACUGUUGGAAUUCGCCAAGGCAUUUGAGCUGGUGAUUGCGAACUCAAGUUUUCUGAAGCGGGAGGAGCACUUAGUUACUUUCCAAAGUUUGGCGGCGAAGACCCAGAUUGACUAUUUCCUCCUUAGGAGAGGGGAUAGAAGGUUGUGCGAGAAUUGCAAGGUUAUCCCAGGUAAAGUGGAAGCAAAAAAGGCAGCGUACAUGCAGUUAGUAGGGAGCACUAGCAGGGAGGAAAGGAGGAUGAAUAAAGAGAGGUAUAAGGUAGCUAGGAAGGAGGCGAAGCUGGCAAUCACGGAGGCAAAGACAAUGACUUUUGCUCACAUGUAUGAGGAACUGGGGGACAAAGGCGGGGAGAAGAAGUUAUUCCGACUAGCUAAGGCAAGAUAG